CCUCUCCCAACUCAGGUUGCCUUUGCAAGGGAAUCAAAGCUCUCUCAAACCAGAAAAACAGGGAAGCAACAGAAUAACCUUUGGAGAUUUGUACCAAUGGCAACUAAUACCCAAGAGCAGCAAUCUCAGGCUGGUAGGCACCAGGAGGUUGGCCACAAGAGUCUUUUGCAAAGUGAUGCCCUUUAUCAGUAUAUCCUUGAGACUAGUGUGUACCCAAGAGAGCCUGAACCCAUGAAGGAGCUCAGAGAAUUGACUGCCAAGCAUCCAUGGAAUCUCAUGACUACAUCAGCAGAUGAAGGGCAAUUCUUGAACAUGCUUCUUAAGCUGAUCAACGCCAAGAACACCAUGGAGAUUGGCGUCUACACUGGCUACUCUCUCUUAGCCACAGCCCUUGCUCUCCCUGACGAUGGAAAGAUCUUGGCCAUGGACAUUAACAGAGAAAACUACGAGUUGGGUCUGCCUGUUAUCCAAAAGGCUGGUGUUGCACACAAAAUUGAUUUCAAAGAGGGCCCUGCUAUGCCAGUUCUUGAUCAACUAGUCGAAGAUGAAAAGAAUCACGGAUCCUAUGACUUCAUCUUUGUGGAUGCUGAUAAGGACAACUACAUAAACUACCACAAGAGGCUAAUUGAGCUGGUGAAAGUAGGUGGUUUGAUCGGCUACGACAACACCCUAUGGAAUGGCUCGGUGGUAGCGCCCCCUGAUGCUCCUUUGAGGAAGUACGUCAGGUAUUACAGAGACUUUGUUUUGGAACUCAACAAGGCUCUUGCUGUUGACCCCAGGAUUGAGAUCUGCAUGCUCCCGGUGGGUGAUGGAAUCACCCUUUGCCGUCGGGUGAAAUGAACCAUUACCCAAGGUUGACCUCGGCACGAAAUUUGACAUAAAUAUCUCAUGUGUUUUUCAAUUUUCAAAUCUUUACAUAUAUUCCGUAUUUUUAUUACAUAAUGGCCGGUGGAUGAUUGAAGAAUGCCAUAUCAUCAUGGUACAAAUUUAUUUUGGUAUAUUUAAAAACAUGCCUUUGCCUAUCUACCAUAUGAAAUCAUAAUCAAUAUUUUCUCAAGAUAAGAUUCAAGUUCCAA